GGCGGUCUGCGUGCAGAGGGAGCUCCCAGUGAACUCAAACGCACAUACAUACAUAUACCCAGCUCUCACAGACAUGGAGCUGCUCUGCAUGGAGACUACCCCCAAAAUCCAGCGAGCCUUCCCCGACCAUACCCUCCUCAACGACCAUCGCGUCCUCCAAAACCUCCUGCUCACCGAGGACAGAUACAUCCCCAGGAUUUCUUAUUUCGAAUGUGUCCAGAAAGAAAUCAAACCAUAUAUGAGAAAAAUGGUAUCAUAUUGGAUGCUGGAGGUUUGCGAAGAGCAGAAAUGCGAAGAGGAAGUCUUUCUGUUGGCCGUGAAUUAUCUGGAUAGAUUUCUGUCUUCGGUUCCCACUCGAAAAUGUCACCUCCAGCUGCUAGGGGCAGUCUGCAUGUUUUUAGCGUCAAAACUGAAAGAGACGAUCCCGCUGACAGCUGAGAAACUCUGUAUUUACACAGACAAUUCAGUCACCCCUGAAGACCUCCUGGACUGGGAGAUAGUUGUCCUUGGGAAACUGAAAUGGGACCUGUCUGUGACAACUCCAAAUGACUUCAUUGAACACAUCCUCGGGAAGCUGUCGUUUCUAGCGGACCACCUGGAACUUAUCAAGAAACACACUCAAACGUUCAUCGCCAUGUGUGCCACAGAUUUUAAUUUUGCCAUGUACCCGCCGUCAAUGAUCGCGACCGGGAGCAUCGCUGCAGCGAUCCGUGGCCUCGACAUCACGUGCAGUGACCCCUCGGGGGAAUCUGUGACAGAGCUGCUAGCCAAGAUUACCUGUACCGAGCUGGACUGUCUCAAGGCUUGCCAGGAACAGAUCGAAGCUGCCCUCACGGAGAGCCUAAAGCAGUCUCAACAGCAGCAAGGCCGAACCAUGUCAAAGACUGUGCACAAGCCAGACCUCACCAGCACUCCGACAGACGUAAGAGAUGUCAACCUGUGACCACCUUGGGCAGCUUUGAUUUCAGAAAAGAAAUGCAGCUUAGCUUUUUUUUAGUACGUCAAUAUAUGCGACCAAGAUUCUCUCUCUUUCUUUGAUUCAAUUGGGGCGGAAACAUCGAUGAAGACUCGAGACUUGAAGGAAGAUUGUGGAAACAGAAAUGUAGCAUGGAUAAUCAUCUUACGAACACUUGCAUCUUGUGACUGUGCGAUGUUUCUAUUGAAGGGAGCUGGAAUGUGAUUGGUAGCAAAUCUAGUACUGAAUCCAGCCACCCACUUUGUGUGAUGGGUGUGUUGGAAUAUCGUGUUUUCCCCCCACCCCCCCUCAACACCUUCCUAAGAGCGAUGUAGCCGAUUCAUCUUUUACUGUAACCUUCCUGUUAACUAUGUUGCCCGUCUCGCUUUCAGCUAACUUCCAAGAGCUACUGAAAGAUUAUCUCCUCAAACGUUUGCAGAAGUUUGCUUUACAAUUUAAAAAAAUAAGGAUGUAAGCCUUGCAAAAAAAAAGAAUAUUAUAAGUACAAUUAAUAGGGACAUUCAUUUAACGAGCACAUGACUGCCUUUGAUCUGAUUCCCUGCGUGCUUAAAUCAGUAUUCGUAGCUUGCUUAAUGGAGGUGUUCUUGUAAGUGGGCGAUUCUAAUGUUAAGAUGUCCCAGUUAGUAGACCUCAACUGUUUUGCACAGUGGUAUACAAGGAUAUAACUCUGUAAUAUAUAGAUUAGUUUUGCUACUUGGUUUGAAGGAGGGAUGGUAAACCUCUCAAAUAAGGCUUGUUAAAUUGUGAUGUACCAAUUUGUAGACAUCAAUGUUGUUUUGCACAAUGAUAUACAAGGUUCUAAUUGUAUAUAAUAUUUAAGAAGGCAGUAACAAAUAGUGGGAAACCAAAAGGAAAAGAACUGUAGGGGUAACCUGGAAUAUAAAUUACUAGAUUUUCAGACUGCUAUGACCCCAAUUUAAAAAACUAUAUAUACACAGGUGUAAUGGAGUACUGAUAUUUCCGGAUAAUAGAAUGUGUGCUUUGUGCUUGUGCAGUAUAUUUAAUGGUUUUCCCCAAGUUCCUGUCUAUAAGGAAGCCUUGUAUUGGAGUGCAUUGGGGAAAGUCCAAUGUAGUCUUUAUAAUAAGCACAGUUAUUGUAAUGACUACAGUGGAUUCUGUCUUGUUGGGGGUGGGGUGGCAUUGGCACUCAUUUCAUUGAGACUGGCACUUGUCCUGGGUUGCUUACAGGCCGUCUUCUGUAAGCCUGUGCGGAAGUGAGCAGUCGCCACUGCGCCAGGCCUGCCCGAGUAGAACGAGACAGGAGUGACCCAUCACUUGUGCACGGUAACAUUGCAGAGAAUUCUUUGGUUGGGACAGGGCCUUGUAUAUCCAGUGGCUUCCCACUGGAAAGAAAGCGGGAAAUGAGGAGCGUAAGGCAUUGCAGGAUGUAGCAGGGUGUGGGUGCACGUAUAGUCCAGAACUCAAAGCCAGGGUAGUCUUCAAAACAGAAGCCGCAGCCACUUUAGAACAGAGGGCAGCACGGGCUCACCAUGUCUGUGCUGACCACAGUGCCAAUCUAUUGUACCCUGCCUGUACGUGGUCUGUGAACCUCCAUUUCUUGCCUGUCCACGUGACUGGUUUAAAAGCCUCCAUAAAACAUUCCUGCUGUUUCUAUUCCCUGGCAGUGUGUUCCACUCCCUUUUACCACUGAUCUCCCUCUCGCCUUAAACCAGUGCCUUCUAGCAUUGGACAACUACAGUCAGGGGGUGGACAGUGAUUCCGCCUGUCAUCUCAUAAACUUCCGUCCAGUCUCCCCUCAGCCACCAGUGCUCCCAAUUUUGUCCAACCUCUCCAUGUGGAUAAUACUCGCCAAACCAGUCGGCUGUGAGGGGAGCUUCUGAAGAUAUAUGAACCAGCUGGAUUUAAACAACAUGGAGAUUGGGAUUGGGGGGGGCACAACGCAGUGCCCAAAGAUUGUAUAGCUGGAACAAUUAAGGUGCUUGUCAUUUUUGCUUUCUUGUGCUGAAAUAUAUUGGUCAGUUCCUUCCCAGAUGAAACCCACCCCCAUCCCCAACUUUUGAGUUUUGCAUUGAGGGGAUUCCUUCUCCAGGAACUUCUCACUUUUCAUCAUGAUUAUUGUUAAUUUAUAGGCCGGAGCUCCUGAGUAUUAACUUCAAGCUUGUCAGAAAAGCUUUGCUUUGUGUCUGCAUCACAAAGCCUAAUCUUCUUGGCUACUUAGAAAUAAAAAGUAAUUUUUGUUUUUUUUUAAAGUUUUUGUUUUCAGAAGUCAUAGAAAGAAAGAACCAGUGAUAAUGUCACUGGUAGAGUAGAAAUUGGGCCUUCAGUUCCACAGCAUGGAUCCCUGACAGGAGAAAAUUUGUAGAUGCUGGAAAUCCAGAGACACACACACAGAAUGCUGGAGGAACUCAGCAGGUCAGGCAGCGUCUAAGGAGAGGAAUAAACAGUCGACAUUUCAGGCCGAGACCCUUCUUCAGGACUCGGCCCCGAAAUGUCAACUGUUUACUCUUUUCCAUAGAUGCUGCCUGGCCUGCUGGGUUCCUCCAGCAUUUUAUUUUGCGUGUGUGACGUGGACCUCUCCCUGGUAUUUAACAGAACAAAGAGAACUCCUGAAGUCCUGCAAAGCCUGUGAACUGAACUUGUUUGUAAGUGCUGAUCAAUAUCCAAGUACGGCUGUUCCGCACAACCUGGUUGCCUUGGAUUUUUAACAAAACCGUUGACUCUUUCCACAACUGUCCUAAGAAUUCCUUACAGUUCUGUUUUAUGAAAGGUCUUCUCAUGAUCUGCUGUUUCCUCUCUACUAAUGAUUCAGAACGAGUGAUCUCAUAUGCUAAGGGAACAUAAGAGGACAGGAACAGAACCAUUAGGUUACAGGUUCCAUUAAAACAAAUAUCAAGUCUCCAAACAACAUCAGAGCAAAAUUCCUGGUGAAUCUCUUCCGCACCUUUGUCAUGGACAGGAGUCUAUUUUAAAACAAGUCUGUAAUAUUUGACCCCUGAUCAGAACUUGGGUGCAGUUUUUGUUUUUAAUCUUCUAGACCAGGGGUUCCCAAUGUUUUACAGACCAUGAACCUCUUACCAGUGACCAAGGGGUCUGUGGCCAACGGGUUGGGAGCCCCUGCUCUCUAUACAGUGAUUGGUAUUUUAAAAUACACUUGUUCUUAGAUGGAUUUAAUUCAGAGUAACACACACACACACACACACAAUGGUGGAACUCAGCAGAUCAGGCAGCCUCUAUGGAGAGGAAUAAACAGUUCACAUCUCAAGCUGAGGCCCUGCUCAAACAUUGACUGUUCACUCCUCUCCAAAGAUGCUGCCUGACCCGCUGAGUUCCUCCAGCAUUUUGUGCGUGUUGCUCUGGAUUUCCAGUAUUUGCAGAAUCUCUUACGUUUUGGAUUUUAAUUGAAGCCUUCUUCGCCAUCUGCUUUUAUUUAAGAUGCCUCUAUGGAUAAAGUUUGAGUGCUUCUUACUAGCUUCAGAAGAAGUUUAUAGGUAGCACUAAACACUGGUGUGAAUGUUGGGCCCAGGACUUAGUAAUUUUCACUUGCAGUUCCUUUGAAUUUUGCAUUGACUGGAAACUGAUUUUCCUUGUUCCGUUCCCCACCCGUUUUCCAGAAAUAUUUCCUGCACUGAGCAUGGAACGUCAGAUUUCUUCAUAAGUGAAUGAAAGCAGGCAAUAAUGUGUACAUUGCUUUUACUUUCCAAGCACUGCAUUAAUAAUUGAUUAUUACUCUUACCUAGUAACAGAGACUUGCUUGACUGUUCCAAAGUACUGCAGGAAUUUCCGAACAAGGGAUAUGCAGGGAUUAGUUUUUGAGGUGGAAGGGUGCUGAGAUUUUGCGAUGCAAAUUGCAACUCAUGGGAUUGUAAGAAAAUUGGUUUGUAUAAAGAAAUAAUACUUAGCGAUAUAAACCAGGUGGGAACUUACAGGUGCUAAACAUGACAGUAGACGUUUUGUUUCAUUUAUUGUAAAAGAAUUAAUAAUUCUAAACUUAAUCUGAUAAACCAGCUUGUUGAGUAACUUGCUUUUUUUUUUGAUCCCGCACUCUAUGCAGGGAGUUAGUUUUGGUCCUUAAAUAGUUUUUGACUUGUGUUGUACUACGGCCGCCAUUAAGAAAUUAAUUUUAUUUUAAAGUGCAUUGUUUCUCCCACUGGUGAAACCUUUGAAGGGGCAUUUGAUUCUUCAGUGGAGCACAGUACUAGCAGGGAUAACGAGCCUGUUCUUUCCAAUGUGAUACAUUGCAAACAGUAUCGUAGAUUCCCGUUACACGUGUGUACACAUUUACUUUAUACUUUAACCCACAGCGCUAAAUUAGCAGACACUUCAGCUGAAACUACUUUAUGGUUCAGAACUUCAUGUUGAAAAUACUGCAGAUUUAAUCCUUGAUACUGUUGAGGCACGAAGCUCUUUUCAUCCAUUGAGUCUUCCAGUGUCAACAAAGCAGCAGGCAGGGGGUUCAUCUCCUGAGGACGUGCUGUUGAGAGUGGACCUUUGCGCCAGCCAACGGGAUUGCCCUACUGACGGGGAUUGACAGAGCAAACAUUUCCGUGUAGUGACACAGAAUUCUUCCGCAGACAGCAAAAAGUAUGUUCUCCCCGUUACCAAAGUUCUCUUAGAUGCUGAAAUCUAAUCCGCAAGCACUACUUCCACUGGCAGCUCGUUCCGCACGCUCACCACCCUCUUGGGUCAAGAUGUUUUCCCUUAAGUAUUUCACCUUUCACCCUUAACCUAACAGCUCCAGGUCUAAUCUCACCCAACCUUAGUGGAACAAGCCUGCUUGCAUUUAUCAUGUCUGUAGUCCCUGCACAUUGUCCUGUAUGGCAUGUACAUAAGUUUUUUUUAAAAAUCCUGGAGAGGAGGUCAAGAAAAUGAUGGAAGAUCUCCAUAUCUUCUCUGGUGAGGCUCUCUUAAUCUCUAAGCCAAAGGUACAGAACCUUCAGAGGGAAGCAGUUAAUAUAUUAGUUGCAUCACACGGUGUGAAUGAACAAUUCUUCUCUAUUUCCUGGGGACAACCCGGCGGCUCCACAAGUCAAAAAAUGAAAAACCCUUUCCAUUUCUCCUUAUCACAGUGCUUUUAGUAAGUUUUAUCUGCUGAUGUGCUCAUAACAAUAUCAUUUCUCAUAAAAGACUGUUGCUUUCAAGAAAAGUGGAGUCUCAUUUUUUAAGAAAAUGGCUGUAAAUGGUACAUAAAUUAGUCAGCCAGUGUGAACUCUGGUUCUCGAGGUUGAUGCCUGUAUUGAACUUUGUUGCUGUUAUUGCGUAUGGUAAAGGAAUAGUUUUUUGUUGUUUUUUUUUCUGCUGCUAAAAGGGGCCAAUGUUUUACAUUCUAUUUUCCUUGAAUUGUUUAUUGGAAGUUGCUGCUAUUUUUAUUUUCAUAGGUAGAUUUGCGCAUGGAAUGCAUCUGGUUAACUAUUAAGGGCAAGGCUUUCAACUUGAGUUGGCCAUGGUAGUGGGCAGUCUUUCAUCUAACUCCGCAGGUUCCCAUCCUGGGGUUCAUGGACUCAGCGAAUCGUGGGGGUCCACAGCGUUAAAAAAAACCCUGGUCUAACCUGUUGGAAAACCCUCAGAUAUUGAAUAUUGCAGUGGACUUCCACUGAGAGGAGAGGGGAAACAACUUUGGCCUGAAAUAAUCCUGGGUACAAACUAUUAAAAGCACUCAUAUUUACAUAUGAUAAUGAGUACCGAGUACUAAACACAGCAUGACCUUCACAUCCAGACACCACUCUGGAACAUGUUCAAUGAAUUUUGUCUCAGUCUUAGUUUUGAUGAAAAGAAAUAUAAUGUUUUUGCUGCUUACGUUUGUUAUAAAUAAAAUGGGGCUUAGAAUUUAUGACAACGUUGAUGUACUCCAAUUCCUCUAAAUUUAACUUUGCUCUGCUUUAUUUCUGUGUGUAGCUACUUCACGUACAAGUCUCAGGUAAUUAUACACUUACACGCCAUUUCUGCUUUGGGUUUUAAGAUCACCUUUAGUGUCUAGUUUGUAGUUCUUGAGGUGAAGUUUGAUGUAAGUGCUGUCGAUGGGCAAUAAAUCACCUGACUUUGCCCCAGGUGCAAGUUGACUGUCUUCAGUAUCUGUCUGUUUUGCCUUUUGGUGUUUUACUAAGCAUUAAACGUUUUGGAGUUCAGACUAUGAGGUAUCCUGAACCUCAACACAAAAUUUGUUCCCUAUGCUUUUCUGUUGAAACGUUACAAAUCUUUGCGGACACACAGAUAGCUGGAGUAACUCACUGGGUCAGGCAGCAUCCUGGGAAGAAGGGGAGAUGAGAUCUUGUCCAGUCCGGAUUUGAGGAUCUUGGCCCAAAACGUUGACUGUUCGUUUCCCUCCACAGAGGCCGCCCAACCCGUGAGUUCCUCCAGCAUCAUGCAUGUGUUGGUCCAGGUUCCCAGCAUCUGCAGUCUGGUGUCAGAAUUUCUGCAGAAAUUUAAUGGGUGUGGCUCUGGGCGUGUAAAAGUCAGGGCAGGGUGUGAUGAGUAGCUUAAAAGUGGGC